CAAGCGCGUUGCGGAAAAAAAAAUCUGUCCUUGCAGGUGCCAUCUUGCCCUCUUCCUUCCUCUUUCCAUCGCACGAUCAACAACCCUCCGUCUUCCCCCGGAUUUUUUUCCAACCCUUCCAGAAAAGAGUCAGAUCAGCUCGACAAACCGUCACUGGUUCUGUUCUCAUCUGCUCCUUUCUGACCUUUCAACAAAAAAUCUGAUUCAAAAAAAUUUGAAAACCACAAAAAAAAUCCCGAUACCUACCUAUCAACCAGAAAACCAAAAAAAGAAAACCAAAAAAAGUUCAACCAUACCAUCGAAAUGGCCGCUCCCGUUGCCCCCGGCGCUGUCGACCGGCUUGCCGCUGAUCUCGGCAACACCAGCCUCAAUGGCGGCGACAAUCGCACCCCGGCCAUCAAUACCAAUGUGGCUCCUGGCGAGUACCAGACGGCAGAGACCGACACGGCCGGCCCGACCCCGAGCUCGACUGCUCCUCACCCGCAGUCUUCGGCCUCCCUCUACGUCGGCGAGCUGGACCCGUCUGUGACCGAGGCCAUGCUCUUCGAGCUGUUCUCCCAGAUCGGCUCUGUCGCCUCGAUCCGCGUCUGCCGUGAUGCCGUCACCCGCCGCUCGCUUGGCUACGCCUAUGUCAACUACAACUCGACCCAGGAUGGCGAGAAGGCGCUUGAGGAGCUCAACUACACGCUCAUCAAGGGCCGCCCGUGCCGCAUCAUGUGGUCCCAGCGUGACCCUGCUCUGCGCAAGACCGGCCAGGGCAACGUGUUCAUCAAGAACCUCGAUGUCGCCAUCGACAACAAGGCCCUCCACGACACCUUUGCUGCUUUCGGCAACAUCCUGAGCUGCAAGGUUGCCCAGGACGAGAACGGCAACUCCAAGGGGUACGGUUUCGUGCACUACGAGACCGACGAGGCUGCUGCCCAGGCCAUCAAGCACGUCAACGGCAUGCUCCUGAACGAGAAGAAGGUCUAUGUCGGCUACCACAUCCCCAAGAAGGAUCGUCAGAGCAAGUUCGAGGAGAUGAAGGCCAAUUUUACGAACGUGUACGUCAAGAACAUCAAUCACGAGGUCACCGAAGAGGAGUUCCGCGAGCUGUUCGCCAAGUACGGCGAGGUCACCUCGUCGUCCCUUGCCCGCGACAACGAGGGGAAGAGCCGCGGUUUCGGCUUCGUCAACUUCACUACCCACGCCAGUGCUGCCAAGGCCGUCGAGGAGCUCAAUGGCAAGGAGUUCCGCGGCCAGGAACUCUACGUCGGCCGUGCUCAGAAGAAACACGAACGCGAGGAGGAGCUCCGGAAGUCCUACGAGGCUGCUCGCCUCGAGAAAGCUAACAAAUAUCAAGGCGUCAACCUGUACAUCAAGAACUUGGCCGACGAUGUCGAUGACGACAAGCUGCGCCAGAUGUUCUCCGAGUUCGGCCCCAUCACCUCCGCCAAGGUGAUGCGCGAUGCUCCCCCCGAGCCCCCUGCUGGCUCCGAGGGCGAUAAGGAGGGCAAGGAUAAAGAGAACAAGAAGGAGAGCGAGAAGGAGGGCGAGGGCGAGGCUGCCGAGAAGAAGACCGAGAAGAAGGUCGAGCGCAAACUGGGCAAGAGCAAGGGCUUUGGCUUUGUGUGCUUCAGCAAUCCGGAUGACGCCACGAAGGCCGUCGCCGAAAUGAACCAGCGCAUGGUCGAUGGCAAGCCGCUCUACGUCGCUCUUGCUCAGCGCAAGGACGUGCGCAAGAGCCAACUUGAGGCCAGCAUUCAGGCUCGCAACCAGCUCCGCAUGCAGCAGGCCGCUGCCCAGGCCGGCCUGCCCCAGCAAUACAUGCAGGCGCCCGUCUACUACGCUCCUGGCCAGCAGCCCGGUUUCCUGCCUCCUGGAGGCCGCGGCAUGCCGUUCCCGCAGGGCGGUAUCGGUAUGCCUGCUGUGCAGGGCGGCCGCCCCGGACAGUUCCCUCCCUAUGCCCAGCAGGGCGGUCGUGGCGGCAUGCCUCAGCAGCUCCCCAUUUAUCCUCUCGGCCAGUUCCCCCCCGGCACCUAUCCUCAGCCGAACAACCCGCAAUUCCUUGCGGCCAUUCAGCAGGUCCAGCAGCAAGCCGCCGCCCUUGGCACCGGACGUGGCGGUCCUGGCGGUCGUGGUAUGCAGGGUAUGCCCAUUCCGCAGGGCAUGCCUGGCGGUCCUGGCCUUGCCGGCUACCCCCCGAAUGGUAGGCCCCAGAACGGCAACAUGGCUGGUCGUGGCGGUCCUAACCGCGGCGGCAGCUUCGCUGCUGGCCGUGGCGGUGUCCCCCCUGCCGGCCCUGUUGGCGCGACCGGCGAGCUCAGCGCCACCGCCCUCCUGCAGUCGCAGCUCGCAGCCACCACGAACAUUCACGCGCAGAAGCAGAUUCUCGGUGAGAAUCUCUUCCCCAAGAUCCAGGCCAUCCAGCCGGAGCUGGCCGGCAAGAUCACCGGCAUGCUGUUGGAGAUGGACAACAACGAGCUUGUACACCUGCUUGAGGACGAGGCUGCGCUGCUCGCCAAGGUCAACGAAGCCAUGGCUGUCUACGACGAAUACGUCAAGUCGCAGCAGGGUGCGGGUGCUGCCCCCGGCGCAGGGCCGGCCGGGGCUGAGGCCGACAAGUCCAAGGAGGAGAAGGCCGAGGAAAAGGCCUAAGGACCUUCCUUCGGGGUCUUUCGUCUUUCUCAAUCCGGUUAUUUAUGCGUUUUCGGUUCUGGUCGGUCGGGAAAAGUUUUGAUACCAGCUUAGCAGCACGAUGUAUCCGGUCUGCACCACGAUGCGGACGGGAUACGAGCCCAUGGUCAGGUGUAUCUGGCUCAUAUUGCUACGGGAAGACGAUGACAUGUCGGACGACGGAUUAUCACGGCAUCUUGCUACGGCAUUGCUACGGCACUGCUACGUCAUGGUCAUGUAUUUGAUAGACUUGCGUAUGAUGGAGGCGGCCGUCUCCACGGACUGGGCGGGAUGUUAUCGGCCG